UGUUACAUCAUAUGAAAAUGUCAACUGUAUUGAUAAAUUCUGUCAGUAUAACAGAGUUUGAAUGUUAUUGGCUGCAGGAAAUAAAAGUCAUCGUGUAACAUAAAACAUAGGAUAUUAACACCUGUAAUUAUCAGCAAACGGAUUAAGGAGCAAUGAACUACAGAAUGAGCAAUAUACUGGAUUAAGAUGAGUUGGAAGUCAGCAAGCUUUGUCGUGUCAUGGUAUAUGUUACAUUACUUCUAUGGUGUACCAGUUCUUACUCACAAUGUAAUAAAUGAUUAUUUCGUCAGAUUUAAUUGUUCUAUAACAGACAAUGUUAGUUUUAACACUUACAACACAAUCGAAUGCGCCUCUAAAUGUAUUUCAGACAAUAUAUGUGAAGGAUUCCAGGCUUACAAAGUUAGUUCAAAAUCAACAAUGUGUGUCUUAUUUAACAUGAGCUCAUCUAUUUAUUUCUCAAAUUUAUCAAGAAAAACUUAUAUUAAGAGGGACUUACAUAAAAAGUUUCAUCAUUGCAACGAACAUUUCAAUACCAAUACAGAAAACAUAUCCCCGAUGACGGAUGAAAUUACUUCUAAAAUGAAAGCAAACGAAAUAUCAUCAACACCAGAACCACCAACUACUUCAACAACUAAACCAUCAUCGUCAACAAGAAACCCAACAACUACUUUCCCAAAAGAACCAUCAACUGCUUUCACAACAGGACUUUCAACUACAGAAUCAUUGACCACUUCUACAACAGAAUCAACAACAACUACAACAACAGAAAUACCAACUACUUCAACGACAGAAUUAUCAACUACCUCAACUACAAGACAAACUACCACUCCAACCAUAGUUCUAUCAACGUAUGCAACAACAGAGUUAUCAACUACUUCAACAAAUACAGAAAAAUUAGCUGAAACUACCAGAGAAACAUCUGCUUCACCAUUAUCGACAAGAGAUACAACAACAGUGGACAAUGUAAUUACACAAGGAGAAAAUGCAGCUGCUCUAAACGAAAAAUUAGUUUCGAAACAAAAAGAAACCCAAGUGCCAACUACUCAAAUUUCUGAGACAGAGACAACAGUUUCCACAAAUAUAGAUAAGCAUUAUGAAUGUUCUGUAAAUGCUGCAAUAUACUUUGAUAGUAAAGGACAAAUAUGGCUAUUCUUUGACAAACACAUUCAGAAAUACACUUCUGUUAAUGAUCUGACGACAUCUAAUUUUCAGAGAGAAAAUCUUGCAGAUAUAUUAAAGGAUGCUCCCGCUCAACUUGAUGCAGGGUACUUUGAUGGUACUUAUACCAUUCUUAUAAAAGACCAGACGGUAUAUACGUAUGAUAGUGUGGCGGGAAGCUCUUCUUCAAGUCAAAAGUCAACAGACAAUUAUUAUGGACAUCCAGUGCCACAGAACAUUGAUGCUGUCAUAUUGAAUAGUGAUAAUGAUAUAUUUCUGUUUUCCGAUGACACUGUAACACGUAUACAAGGGAAACAAGUGUCGUCUUUCAGUUUUGAUAACAAUGGUAAAAAGAACUACUAUAAAGGUAAAAAUCACAAAAAUAAACCAAGUAAAAUAACUGCUGCGACUAAAGUAGAUUCUACAAGGCAUUACUUUUUCAGUGGGAAAAAGAUAUCGGCAUUUAAGGAGGGCAAAAAAGACGGUGAAUGGGAAGAUAUUGGUAUUGUUAGCUGUGAUUUAUAA